GAGCCCUGAAGCAGUAGGAGCCGUGGUGGGCAGGGAGUGAUUCCGGCGAGCUGCUGUCGGCCUGCCGCCUCCAAAUCUCCAAUUCCAAAAAGCGCUGGUUCGCCGCCUCUCUCCCCCUCUUGAACCCGGCGAAGGAAACAGAGAAAACAGAAGAAUUGAACCCAUCUUCGCCGCCUCUCUCCCCCUCUUGAACCCACCUCGUCAGUCGUCGCCUCCAAAAACCACCGCGACCUCGUCGUCUCCAAAUCUCCAAUUCCAGACAACGCCGAUAAGACACCGCCUCUCUCACCCUCUUGAACCCACCUCGUCAGUUGUCACCUCCAAAAAUCACCGCGACCUUGUCGCCUCCUAUUCCAGACAACACCGAUUGAUUGUUGUUCUCCCAAGGUCACCGUUCGCGCCGCCUCCAAUUCCAGACCCACCUCGUCGCCUCCUUCACGAAGGUCAGAAACUCGCUUUCCUCUCCAUCAUUUCUCGUCCAGCUCCAUCAAGGAACGUUAAUCACUCCAUUCGCCCAAACCCACGAACUGAAAUUUUGUUCGUUGCUUCUCCGUUCCGCCGUCUCAAAGGUUGAACAGGUACUUUCUAAUCGAACCUCUUCCCCAUUGUUUCACCAUUGGAAUUUCCGAUUUUGUGAAUUCUUGCAGUGAACUCUAAGCUCGAAUGAACAUUUAGUACUUUGGCUUGGAGCAGCCAAAAUUUGAAGUUCUUGAAUCAGACUUGUCCAGUUCCAAUCUGAAGUACUAAAAUCUCAGGUAAUUUCCUUCCCCUUCCCCUUUCCAGUUGCAUUUUGUAUUAAGCAGUUGUUAGUCAUGGUGAGUUGGUCUUUAAUUUGAUGAACAACUUCUGGGCUAUCUCAUGUUGGGGUUGAGAAAUGGUAGAGUUUUGCAGAUGGGUUCAUUUCCAGUUUUGCAGAUUUAUUCAAAGUCUGUUACAUCUUCUUUUUAUGUGUAUGGUGCUCCUUCAUUUGUUCUUAGAACCAUCAUUCUGAACUGAAUUAUUGUUGCUUGAGGAGAAUCUAAUUCUUAAGUUGCUAGCACAAGGAAGGAUCAGAGUUCACUUCAGUUUCUAUUACUACCCUCCUAUAUGACAUAUCAGAGUGGUUGUGCAUUCAUAACUAAGUCAUGAAGUUUCCCGUUGCAAAUUGAUUUGUAGUGUCAAAUGAAGUUGUGCAUUCAUAAAUAAGUCUGGAAUUGGAUUGAUUUCAGGAUGUCUAGUCAACAAAUGAAUGUUAUGAGAAAUGAUGAUGUUGGUAGUUCCGGAGAUGAGGCUCAUUUUGCAGCAAUGUCGACGUUUACGGGUCGGACAAGUGUUCAACGAAAGCGACAAAGAACUUCUAAGGCAUGGGAGACAUUUACUUUUAUCCCUGGGAAUCAGUUUGCAGAUAAUAUAUCAAGAGCACAAUGCAAAAACUGUCCCAAGCUUUAUGUGGUUGGUAAAGGUAUUUCUAAUCUCACUCGUCAUAGUUUUAAGUGUAUUGGACGUGCAAUUGAAGUGCCAGUGUCUAAUGUUGGAAGCUCAAAAGCAAUAGAUCAAAAUAGAUUUAAGGAGCUAAUGGCUAUCAUAAAACAUGGGUAUGAAUUUGCAAUGGUUGAGCAUGGUGGACUUCAAGAUGUGAUGGCCUACUUGAAUGAUGAUUUUAAGUCAUUUACUCAGAAUGUAAUGCUGAAUGUUUUCUGACCCAAACUUGAUUGUGAAUGAAGUUAGGGUCUUUAGUUUGCUUAGCCCUGUUGUCCUGUUAAGAAUCAGGAAAUGAGGGGAGUGCUGUUUGUUUUUGCUGCUAAAAUUAAUUGUUCUUCACUGGUAAAAUGACUGAUUGCUUCUGAUGCUACUGGCUGCAGCUGAUGAUCAUCAUCAUUGAUCAGUGUAAACAUGAAGAAGUGAAAUGAGGUUGGGGAGUCACUAGUCAAAUGAUACUUGAAAUACUAGCAGAUCGACUUCAGAUUCAAGUUUGUAAAUAGUCAGUUUGUAAACUGUUGUUGGAAGAAACAAUAGCAACAGAAUCCUCCGAUUCAGGGCGAGAAACAGAAAUUCUGAAGCUCAACACCAUCGCCGACAGCGACGGCGCCGGAUUGAACAAGCUACAGUUUACGAUCACGGUCCCGAUGUCCUUCGCCCUCACGCCGGUCUUCUCCAACAGCUCGUCGAUGGCGCCGAACAUCUCCCAUGUUUUCCUUUGUUUCCUUAUUCUGUUUCCGGUCUUCUCCAUGAGAUGAACUCAUCAUGCUCUGCUCCGGGAGACUCUCGCCGCCGAUCGAGGCAGGGAUUUAAUGGCAUCGUAGAAGUCGAUUUCGUUGCCGUUGAGUGUGAGCUCGAGGAGGGUUGCGGGAGGGAUUCCGCCAGCGCCGUUGCAUUCGUUUUGGCCCGUGGCGCAGUCGCCGGUGAGGCAGUUGAAUUUGUUGGUGGUAGAGUUGGUGGUGCAGCCCGUUCGGCCCCAGAUUCGGCCACUUGUCCAGUUGGGAGGGACCUGGAGGCUGGAGGUGUCGCCGACCGACUCAUCAUGCUCGCCGUCAUUGCUUUGCCUCCGGCAGACUCUUGUCGCCAGCGAUGACUGUUUCAGUGUUUCUCCAUCUGCGAAAAUCGUUUCCAUUUUUUUUUUGUCAAAGAAAAUAAAAUAUCAUGGAAAUAUAUACAGUUUGGUACCUAAAAUUUUUAUUAUCAAGUUGCAGUAUAUAAAGUUUUCAAAUUUGA